AUGGAAAAUGAAUACAAGAAACUACAUGUAUCCCCAGUUAGAACCAGGGCUCAAUCUCAGAAUAUGAAUGCUGGUCAGGAGCAGAUUCAACCUCAAAAAUCUGCUAAGAGAGGGAUAGUCUGCUUAAUAGAGCCUUUUAAAGAGUUAUCUGAGAUUGGCCACUGGGCAGUUAUGCUUGGUUUUGAAAACAGAUUUUGUGGGUCUGAUAAGACUUGGGUAUUCUGGGACAGAGGAGUGACAUUGAUCUCUAUAGAAAUAGGAGACCAGCUGAUAAAUUUGGAAGCCACAGUGCCUGAAAUUGGAAACUUUAACAUAUCAUUCAUAUAUGCAAAAUGUGAUAGAAGUAUCAGGUUGAAUUUGUGGGAACAGAUAGAGAGCAUGGCAGAGGGUCCUAUGAAGGAUCAGAAAUGGAGUCUCAUAGGGGACUUUAAUUGCAUCUUGAAAAGUGAAGAAAAGAGAGGGGGCCAGCCUUAUAGUAUGUGGAAGAGUAGAGAUUUUCAGAAUUGUGUUGAUUCUGCAAGGCUGAGGGAAGUGGUGUUCUAUGGUAAUCCAUUUACAUGGUGGAAUGGUAGGAGGGGCGAACAAGCAGUGUGGGAAAGAUUGGAUAGGGGAUUUGUGAAUGAGAAUUGGGAAGGAAGCUUGAAAACACACAUACAUCAUUAUGCAAAGUUAACUUCAGAUCACUCCCCUUUAAUAAUGAGUGUAGAGCCCCAAGUCAGGAUGAGUAGAAGGCCUUUUUCCUUUUUGAACUCUUGGGGAGAGCAUGAACAAUUCCUAGGGAUAGUGAGGGAAGCAUGGCAGGAGAGAGUCAAUGGAAAUGAAAUGUAUACAUUUAUGACUAAGCUUAAGAGAGUGAAAGAGGUUUUAAAGAAGUGGAAUUGGGAGACUUUUGGUAAUAUAUUUAAGAAGGUGGAGGAGUUGGAGGGUAAGAUGAGGGAGCUGGAGGAAAAAUUGCAGGAAAGGCCAACAGAUGAGACUUUAUUGGAAUAUAAGAGGGUGCAAGCACUAUUACAAAGGCAAGUGAGGAUGGAGGAGAGUUACUGGCAACAGAAAGCACACUCUCAAUGGGUAGUAGAAGGGGAGAGAAAUUCAAAAUACUUCCAAGGGCUGGUGAGGGAGAGGAGGUCGAGACAAAUAAUUCAUAAAAUAAUGAGUGAUGAAGGUGUUUGGGUGGAAGACCAGGGCAAAAUAGCUGGAAUGGCUGUUGAAUUCUUUCAGCAGCUAUUCACAGCAGAAGCAACUAACCUUGAUCCUUCAAUUUUUGACUGUUUGCAGGUGGUGGUAACAGAACAGGAGAAUCAAGCCUUGGUAGCUGAACCCUCCAUGGAAGAAGUUAGGUCUAGUGUGUUUAGCAUGAAUGCAAACAGUGCAGCUGGACCUGAUGGAUUUGGAGGGGGCUUUUACCAACUCUGUUGGGAGAUCAUAAAGGAAGACCUGCUGAAAAUGGUAAGAAGCUUUUUUGCUGGUAAGAGCCUAACCAAGGCAAUUACCAGCACUUCAAUAGUGUUGAUACCCAAAGUGUCCAACCCUGCCAACUUUGGUGAAUAUAGACCAAUCAGUUUAAGUAAUUUCUGUAGCAAGAUUAUUACAAAGAUCAUGGUCUUAAGGUUGGCAGGGGUGUUGAAUAGAGUCAUCUCCCCAGUCCAAGCAGGAUUUGUUAAAGGCAGAAGCAUAACUGAUAAUAUUUUGUUGGCACAAGAAAUUUGCCAUGGAAUGAAAGCUUCAAAUGAAGAUAUAGUUUUAAAACUUGACAUGGCGAAAGCCUAUGAUAGAAUGGACUGGGGAUGCAUUGCCUUGGUCUUAACCAGACUCGGCUUUUGUAAAAAGUGGAUUGAUCUGGUCCUGAACUCCAUAAAUAACAUAUGGUACUCUGUGAUUGUUAAUGGGGAGGCAAGGGGCUUCUUUCAUUCCUCUAGAGGAUUGAGGCAAGGAGACCCCUUAUCUCCCAGCUUGUUUAUUUUGGCUGCUGAGCUUUUUUCCAGGAAAGGAGGGGGGAGUGGAGGAAGUUAUAGAGGUGGUGGAACAUAUGAAGCUCAGUCUGGACAACUUAUCAAUAGACAAAAGAGUGCAUUUUAUAUGCAAGCAAAGGCCACACUGGAAUCCAUUGAGAGAGUGAGGGAAAUCACUGGUUGCCAGUUUAAAAGUUUCCCUUUUACUUACUUGGGGUGCCCCAUAUAUCAAGGAAGGAAAAAGACUACACUGUUUGAUGGUCUAACUGAUAGAGUGGCUAACAGAUGUAAAGGGUGGCAGGCUAGAAUUUUAUCUCAAGGAGGAAAAGCAGUGCUGAUCAAGACAAUUCUUCAAGCUAUGCCCACUCAUAUGUUCUAUGCCAUAAGCCCACCCAAGGCAGUGAUAAAACAAAUUGAGAGUUUGUUGGCUGAUUUCUUUUGGGGAAAAGCUGAGGGGAAGAAAAAAUACCACUGGGGGUCCUGGAAGACAUUGGCAAGGCCAACAGAAGAGGGAGGAGUUGGAUUCCAAAGAAUGCAAGAGCUGGUAGAUGCUGCAAGUGUGAAGUUAUGGUGGAACUUUAGGAAGGGGAAUUCUCUAUGGAGUCAGUUUUUAAUUGCUAAGUAUUGCAAGGAAACACACCCAGUGGUGAGAGGCUGGCAAUAUAAUGAUUCACAUGUAUGGAAAAGAAUGGUGCAAAUCAGAGAUAUAGCAGAGCCCCAAAUUGCAUGGAGGAUAGGGGAAGGGAAAGUGAAUGUGUGGUGGGAUAACUAG